CAGUUUCAAGCCUAUCUAAUCCUAGUAAAUAUUUUCGAGCUCUCAAGUCUUUAACGAACACGCGCCACUAAAAAACCACUCUAGACGUAUUCUCUUUCUCGCCACCGCCGAUUCUCUUCUCUGCUUUGAGAAUCGCUAGACAUAAUUACCUGUUUUUACAUCGCAGUCUUUGUUUUGGUCCCUAAAGUUUCAUCUCUAAUAAGCCUUUCUCCCUUGUUAAAUCUUCAACUCUUUCAAGUUCAACCUCAAUGGGCGGCCCAGAGCCUUCUAUCGUCGAGAAGGGACCUGACGAAGCCUUCUUUACUCUAUCGGAUAAUAUCGUCCUUGAGGAACUGUACAAGGAUAUCAAAGAUGUCAAGGGAGGAGCUAAGCCCUCGCUGGGCGAAGACCGCCCCUCUCUCAAGCUCUUGGAGAGUAUGAGCAAUCCAAAAGAUCCAGACUUUCAGCCUACCGUAUUCUCGACCUGGGAUUACAAGCUUGCAGACCUGGACAACAAGACAAUCAAUUCCAUUCGUUCUGUAAUUCUUUGCAAUUACAUCACGUGGGCGAGGACAGUGGUACGCCACGAAACAGAUGUUAUUUUUCUCUCGCAUAUUAUCAUGUACUGUUGUACUUUAAUACCGAGUGCUUUGUAUCUGUUUUUUGGAAACUUCACCUAUAUUCAUGGCAUAAUACAUUUGCUCAUUACGGUGUGGUAUUCUGGCGGCUUUACUCUCAUGAUGCAUAACCAUAUUCAUAACAAUGGAGUCCUCGCCAAACCUUACGCUACUUUCGAUUGGGCAUUUCCAUACGUUCUCGAGCCACUCAUGGGCCAUACAUGGGAUUCUUAUUACUACCAUCACGUCAAAGCCCACCAUGUCGAAGGGAAUGGACCUGACGAUCUCUCAACAACAAUCCGCUACCAGCGAGAUUCUAUAUGGUGUUUCUUUCAAUAUGAAGCUCGGUUCUUGCUAUUAUGCUGGUUUGAUCUCCCAAUGUAUUUCAUCAACAAACGGAAAUAUAACUUAGCUUUUAAGGCUAGCUCCUUAGAGUUUGCCUCAUACACAUAUUUGUAUCUCCUCGCCAGAUGGCAAUUCAAGCCCGCGCUAUUUGUUUUCCUGCUUCCGUUUUUAAUCAUGCGUAUUGGACUCAUGCUUGGGAAUUGGGGUCAGCAUGCCCUUGUUGAUGAUUUGGAGCCUGACUCGGACUUUCGGUCGAGUAUCACGUUGAUUGAUGUUCCUUCCAACCGCUUCUGCUUCAACGAUGGCUACCACACUUCUCACCACCUCAAUCCACGCCGUCACUGGCGUGACCACCCACACGCAUUUCUCAAAGCUAAAGAGCGCUACUCUAAAGAAGGCGCCUUAGUCUUCCAUAAUAUUGAUUACAUGGAGAUCACAUUCAGAGUAUUAACGAAGAAUUAUAUGUACCUAGCGCAACAGAUGGUCCCGAUUGGAGAUCAAAUAGGUAUGACACAAGUCGAGCUGGCAGAGAUAUUAAAGAAGAAGACCAGGAGAUUCAGCGAAGAGGAGAUCAGGGCUAAGUUUGGGAAGAAGUGAGUUGGUGAGCGUUGGUCCGUAGACCUGUAGAGUGGAAAUAUAGGGGGCAAUCAGGGGGAACGGGUAAUCCCAGUUGUAGGACGGAUCUCUUUCGGAGGCUAGCCGGGGGCCAUUCGGGGAGUGGUAUAUAUUCUAACCCUUAGAUACUCUUUACAAUACACACUUUUGAACACCUUUGAAUUGAA